AUGACCUCGCGCCGACAGGUCAACCUCGGCCCCUUUCGAAACAACCAUCUCGAAGAAGACAAGCCUAGCCCUCGUCGAAAGCCGCUGGUCUUGGGUCGACUUCUUUCAAGGCCGUGUUGGAUCCAAAACCCGGCCAGACUGGGCGAUCGUGGCCCAUCGCAAGUAGUUGGGAGGAAGAAAGAUGCUCAGCACAUCAAAGCACUCAGCUACAACCGACACAUUACGUCAAGAGCGCCGUGUAUCGCGGCUAUAACCCGCCGCCAGGGCCCAAACCAAGGUCAAGAGGUAUCCACCCAGCCGAUCAUCAACGGCAUGCCUCCUGCCAUCUGA